AAAGAACUCUCUAAUUCCAUAUAAGGAAGAAAUUGUUUGCAAUUUAAUCUUAGUUCGUAUACUUUACUAUCGAAAUAUUCCUCGAAAACACUUUCGCAAACAACCAUAUCCAAUGAGAGCUCCAGAUUCGUCUGGUGAUGGUUUUGUUUAUCGUAUCAAUAUUUAUGAAAUCUAUGCGAAGAAUCCCACUCUCCUCUUAACCGAAAAUGACUCUCAUAAUAAUCAAAAACCACAAAAUAUAAACACUCUAAACGAAAUCGUCAAAGAAAUCGACCAAAUGCCUAUUAACCAUCAGAAUUUGAAUUACAAAAACCCUCGAAUUUUUUGGGAUAGGACCAAAUCGAUGGAUAUUUCUCAAGAAGCUGGUUUUAAUCUCUUACAUGAGAAAGAAAAAACAUUAUGUUCUAAACUGAGAUUAACUCCAUCCAUAUAUUUAAAAGCUAAAUAUAAUAUUCUGAAAGCAGCUCAAAAACACAAAAUGGAAGGUAAAGAAUUUAAAAAGAGCGAUGCUCAGAAGGCUGUUAAUUUCAAUGUCAACAAAGCAUCUGUCUUGUGGAAUUUUUUUAGUCAAUUAAAAUGGGUGUAA